AUGGCAACAGACUACAAGUUCGAGGGCUGGGCGGCGCAGGAUGCGGCGGCCAUCGAGGGCAAGAUGGUGUGGCAGGAGUUCAAGCCCAAGGAGUGGGAGGAGGCGGACGUGGACAUCCAGGUGACGCACUGCGGCAUGUGCGGUUCUGAUUUGCAUUUCCUGCGCAACGGCUGGGGCGUCACGACGUACCCGCUGACGGUGGGCCACGAGAUCGUGGGCAAGGCGGUGCGGGUGGGCAAGGACGUCAAGCACAUCAAGGUCGGCGACCGCGUGGGCGUGGGCGCGCAGGGCGACAGCUGCCUGGGCCGCUUCGGCCCCUGCCGCGAGUGCGAGGACGGCGAGGAGAACUACUGCGACAAGAUGGUCAACACGUACGGCGCGCCGCACUUCAACGGCGGCAUGGGCCAGGGCGGCUACGCGACUUACCACCGCUCCCCGGCCCACUUUGCCGUCAAGAUCCCCGACGGCAUCGAGUCGAGCCAGGCGGCGCCCAUGCUCUGCGGCGGCGUCACCGUCUUCGCGCCGCUCAAGAACCACGGUGUGAAGGAGGGUAUGAGUGUUGGUGUGGUGGGUGUUGGCGGCCUGGGCCACUACGGCGUCAUGUUCGCCAAGGCCAUGGGCGCCAGGGUUGUCGGCAUCUCGCGGCGGGCCAGCAAGCGCGACGAGGUGCUCGGCCUCGGGGCGGACGACUACAUCGCGACGGCCGACGACGCGGACUGGACCACCAAGCACGCCAAGAGCCUGGACCUGAUCAUCUCGACGGUGGCGUCGUCAAAGGUCCCGCUGGCCGAGUACAUGUCGCUCCUCAAGAAGGGCGGCAGCUUCUGCCAGCUGGGCCUCCCCGACGACGGCGCGUUCCAGGUCUCGGGCAUGGCUGUCGUCUUCGGCCGCACCAAGUUCGAGGGCUCCCUGAUCGGGUCGCCCCAGGACCUGCGUGAUAUGCUGGAGUUUGUGGCGGAGAAGAACAUCAAGGGCCUGGUCCAGGAGAGGCCCAUGAAGGACGCCAACCAGGCCGUUGUUGACCUGGAGGAUGGCAAGGCUCGUUACCGAUACGUGCUGGUCAACGAGACUGCUUAG